CUGAGCUACCAAAUCGAACCCCGCACCUAGCCAUCCCCCGCUGCUGCUUCCGCCGGAUCUGAUGAUGGAGGCGGUGGAGGACACCACGCUGGAGGCCGCGAUUGGGUGGCUUGCAGACACCAUCCUUGCAAAUCUCCCAGCCGGCGGCAAGCUGGAGUCCUGGAUCCGCCAAGCUGGCCUUGGCAACGACGUCGAGAAGCUCAAGUGUGAGGUCCAGGCAGUGGAGAUGACGGUCUCUGCUGUGCAGGGGAGGGCAUCCAGGAACAAACCGCUGGCCAAAUCUCUCGCUUUGGUCAAGGAGCUGCUCUACGACGCCGACGACGUGGUCGACGAGCUGGACUGCUACAGGCUCCAGCAGGAGCUCCAACCAGAGACACUGCUGGAAACAGACGGGCAUGGGACGCAUCAAGUUGAGAGAUCUAGUGAAAAUGCUGAUGUACAAAGUAGCGGUAAUAGCAGGUUGCGGUUCGAGGGAUGGAAUCAUUUUGAAAUCACAGAGUUUGAGCAAAACGGAGGGCCUGCUAAAGCAAGAUGCAAGCACUGUCAAAAACAAGUUAUGUGCACAACCAAAAUGGGGACGUCAGUUUUGCACAACCAUCUCAAGAGCAAAGGUUGCAGCAACAAACGUCGAGCAAGUGGCUCUUCUUCAAGCACCGCCAAUGCUGCUACAAUUCCAAUGCCUAUUGUAACUGGCAGCAGAAAAAGGAUGAGAACCGGUCAGGAGUCAACACACAUCACUGCAGUUAACCCAAACGGGUGGAAUAAGGACGCAUUUUCCGAAAGGAUACAAGACAUCACUAGUCAGCUGCAAGGGAAACACGGGGCUGUCACAAGGCUUCUCAAGAUACUUCCGUCCGACUCUGUUGCUGCAAGUUCAAUCCACUGUCAGACUACAAUCUUAGAUCCAUGCCGAAGAACAUCAGGUCUUUUUCAAGGAAAAGUGUAUGGGAGAGCUCAAGAGAGGGGAUCCAUCAAAACUUUGAUAAAAGAACACAAAUCAACUACCGGUGUAACUGUUCUGCCUAUUGUAGGCAUUGGAGGAGUUGGGAAGACAGUUCUCGCUCAGCUUGUAUACAAUGAUACAGCUUUGCAAAGUCUAUUUGAUCACAAGAUAUGGAUCUGGGUGUCUAAAGACUUUGAUGAAAUGAGACUAACAAGAGAGAUGUUAGAUUGCGUCUCCCAAGAAACUUGUGAUGGCCUAUGCAGUUUUACCAAGCUUCAGGAGGUCUUGAAGGGUCAUAUUAAAUCAAAGAGGGUUCUACUUAUUUUAGAUGAUGUCUGGGAAGUCAUGGAUGACUGCCGGUGGAACAAAUUGUUGGCUCCUUUCAAGUCUGAUGAUGGUGCAAAUGGCAAUACGAUAAUUCUUACAACUAGAAAACCGUCUGUUGCCAAAAAGAGAGGUACAAUUGGACCAAUUAACUUAAAUGGUUUGAAAAAUGAUGAUUUCUGGCUAUUUUUUAAGGCAUGUGCAUUUGGUGAUGAGAAUUACGAAGCCCAAGCUAGUCUAAGUGACAUAGGACAGAUAAUAGCACAAAAGCUAAAAGGAAACCCAUUAGCAGCACAAACUGUUGGGGUACUAUUAAAAGAUCGUCUUACUGUGGAUCAUUGGAGUAGCAUUCUAAUGACCGAAGAUUGGAAAUCCCUACAACACACUGGUGGCAUCAUGUCUUCUUUGAAGCUUUCCUAUGAUGAGAUGCCCUACCUUGUACAACAAUGUUGCUCAUAUUGUUCUAUAUUCCCCUAUGGUUAUGAAUUUCAUGAUCAGGAGCUAGUUCGUCUUUGGAUUUCACAGGGAUUUGUGAAGCCUGAUCAUUCAAGUAAGAGUUUGGAGGUGGUUGGACGGUAUUAUCUGACUGACUUGGUGAACUUGGGCCUGUUUGAAGAGGUUGAAAGAAAAAGAUCCUCUCUUGGUAGUCAAACUCAAACUUGCUAUGCUAUGUGUGGCCUGAUGCAUGAUUUUGCAAUUCUAGUUUCAAGAACUGAGUGUGCAACUUUGGAUGGUUUGCAAUGCAGUGAAGUUUUGCCAAAUGUACACCACUUGUCCAUAGUGACCGAUUCUGUAUAUCAGAGGGAUGAUCAGACUGAGAACAUACCUCGUAAUGAGAAGUUUGAAUUUUUCUUGCAAAAUAUAGUUGCAUCAGUGAGAAAGUUGAGGACAUUGGUGUUAAUUGGGGAGUAUGACCCCUUUUUCUUCAAAGCAUUUCAAAAUGUGUUUGAAAAAGCACAUAAUCUGCGUCUGCUACAAAUGUCUGCAACAUCUACUGAUUUUAAUUCCUUCCUGUGUAGCUUGGUAAAUCCUACUCGUCUUAGGUAUCUAAAACUUGAAGAUGUUCACACUGAGCAGAAGGUUUUGCCUCAUGUUUUGAGCAAGUUUUUCCAUCUUCAAGUGUUGGAUAUUGCUUUUUUGAUGUCAUUGCAUACAGUUCAUCUAGAGGACCACGGAGAACGGAUAAUACUUCCAUCUCUGGAAAUGCUUCGGUUUCUUAAAAGGUUGAAGUUGCGCAACAUGCAAAGAGUAAGAGAAGUAUUGGUUCCGUCAUUGGAAGAGCUGGUUUUACAUGGAAUGACAGAUCUACAGAGAUGUUCAUGUACUUCCAUGGGGGAUAUGAAGGCUAAUUUAAGGGAGAUGGAAAUCCAGCGUUGCCCUGCACUUGAGGUGUUUGACCUGUUUCAGAAAGGUCAUAACUAUGAAAUUGACGAUAAGCCAUGGUUGCCUAGUCUGAAGAAACUCAUUUUGUUGGACUGUCCUCAUUUGCAAGUACAAAUUCCCCUUCCGCCUUCAGCCAUAUUUUCUGAACUAUCAAUCUGCAGAGUUUCAACAAUUAUGUCAAUGGAGGGAUCUUCCAUGGGAAAAUUCAAAAUUACUGGAGAUAUUUUGCCUCAUACAAUCGAUGACGAAUUUUUGGCAUUCCAUAAUCUUAAGGAUAUCAAAUACUUGAAGAUAUCAUCAUGCAGAAACCUAACAUCUAUUUCAUUCAAAGGUUUAAGUCAGCUCAUGUCUUUAAAGAGUUUAGAAAUAGUGUGUUGCAAAAAACUUUUCUCUUCGGAUGUUGUGCCAGAGCAGACCCACAAAGACAUGAUAACUGCAAAUGAUGUUGUUCUUCUGUCUCUUGAAAGUCUCUAUAUUGAAAAAUGUGGAAUAACAUGUAAGUGGCUAUCUCUGAUGCUGCGACAUUCACCGGCCCUGGAGGAAUUGGAUUUAUAUGACUGCCCGCAGUUGAAGAUAGAAGAGGAAGGAAAUGUUCCAUCAAAACUUAUCUCAGCUUCUGAGGCUUCGUCAUCAGGGUAUCUAGACGAUGCAUUGUGGAGCUCAGUUCGAGCAUCAUCAGGAUAUGCAGCUCAUGCACGGCCAAUCUCAGUUGUAGAUGGAGUCGUACACAUUUCGUUGAAUCUCAAGAAGAUAAGAACUAGUGGAUGCCCUCAUCUAAUAUUUGACGGGGGUAGGGAAGGCUUUGUUGGAUUUACCUCCCUUGAGGAGGAGGUUGAGGAAGACGGCCAAUAUGGUGGAAGAUGUCUCCUCCCGCAAUCACUUGAACAACUUGAUUGGUCUGAUUAUCCUCGAGAAACUCUAUGGCCCUGCUUUGUUGGUAAUCUCACCCGCCUCAAAAAAUUAGAAAUAAACAGCGAAACUUUGAAAUAUCUACAGCUGGAUUCCUGUACGGCCUUGGAAGAAUUGGCAGUUAGGAUAUGUGAAUGUCUGGAAUCACUACAGCUGCAUUCCUGCACAGCGCUGGAACGUUUGGAAAUUUGGCACUGUAGUUCGCUCGUCACACUAAAGGGCUUGCAAUCCCUGGUGAACCUCAAGCAUUUGGUAAUACACAAGUCCCCUGCCUUGAAUAUAAUUACCACAUUGAAGAGUUACGAUUCAGUUGAGGGAAUCCCAAGUCAUAGCUAUGAGUUAUUCUUCCCUGCACUGGAAAGUCUCGAGAUCGAUGACUUGUCUUUCCUUAACACGUCAUUCUGCAAGGGCCUCACCUGCCUCCGAAGCCUACGGAUUUUUUAUUUGGAGGAUGCAAUGAGACUAACAGAUAAGCAAGAGAGAGCGCUUCUGCUCCUUAGGUCCCUGCAAGAGCUCUUUUUUUAUGAGUGUGAUCUCAUACAUCUUCCUGCGGGGCUGCGUGGCCUCCCUUCCCUCAAGACAAUGGUGAUCAUAGGUUGUAUUAGCAUCUCAGGGCUUCCGAAGGAGGGCCUCCCAACUUCGCUGGAAGAACUGGUAAUCGACGGUUGCAGAGUCGAGUUAUCUGAACAGUGCAGAUCGCUAGCAACAAGCAAGCUAGAGGUCAAAAUUUAUUGGCGCCAUGUGGACUGAUUGCCGAGUAUUUUUCUAAGGUUUGGUUUCACUUCAGGGCCUCAUCCUCAACCUCAUGUGGUCAUGAUAAUUUCAGUAUUUGUUCUCCCCCUGUGGGGAUUUCCCAUUAUACGCAGCUAAAAUUUUGGCCUUUUGUAAGGUGCCUCCCCACCCCACCUAGGAAAAAGGAAAAAUCCGUCGCCCGCUUAUCUGUCUAAUGCACUUGCUCAGUUCCAGCCUUUUCCAUAUCACCAUUCUGAAUUUCUCGCUGCUUUCUGAAUGAAUCCAUUGUCUCGCUCUUGGGAACCUCCUGUACAGCAUGUUCCAAUUGGCCAAAAGACAAAACUGGAUUCCCCAAUAACAGGCUGUACUGAGAAACCCGUGAGUGUAAAUGUAUAAGUAAAUUAUUGUGCAAUGAUGUUGUAUUUUCAAGAACUGAUACAGAUUUAAUUCAUCACUU